ACACUUCGGGUUGCAAGCUGUUGUAUCCGCUCAGCACGGUCUACAGUGCGCAGCAAUAAUGAAGUUCACAAAACCCGCUUGGGUUAUGCACAAAGAUAGUUCCAAAACCGACGACACAAAACGUCUCUCCAUAUUCUCAGUUCAUGUCCAUCCUGAUGGUUCACGCAUAGCGACAGGAGGCUUAGAUGCAAAAAUACGUAUUUGGAGCACGAAACCUAUUCUCAAUCAUGCAUCCGAAAUGUCUAAUAAACCGCCAAAGUCUUUGUGCACGCUAAGUAUGCACACAGGUCCCGUCUUGACGAUUAGGUGGGCACAUUCUGGGAGGUGGCUUGCAAGUGGGAGCGACGACGAGAUUGUGAUGAUAUGGGACCUUGAUCCAUCGGGUAGGGGCAAGGUUUUUGGUUCCAAUGAAGUCAAUAUAGAGGGAUGGAAACCAAUGAAGCGACUUCCAGGCCAUGAAAGCGACGUUACAGACCUGGCAUGGGCCCCGGAGGAUCGUUACCUCGCCUCAGUUGGCCUUGAUUCUGUCGUUAUGGUCUGGUGUGGAUAUACCCUGGAACGCAUUAGAAAGCUGGAUCAGCAUCAAGGAUUUGUAAAAGGCGUUUGUUGGGAUCCUGUGGGUGAAUUUAUGGCCACUCAGUCCGACGACAAGUCCGUGAAAAUUUGGAGAACGACCGAUUGGCAGCUCGAGGCAGAAAUCAGGAAACCCUUCGAGGACUCUCCCGGCAGCACGUUUUUCCGCCGCCUUAGUUGGUCGCCUGAUGGUGCCCACAUCACUGCUUCAAAUGCAACCAACAAUAAGGGCUUCGUUUUCAUUGCAGCUGUCAUAACUCGCGGAACGUGGACUUCUGAGAUCAGUUUGGUUGGUCAUGAGAACACAGUCGAGGUUGCGGCCUACAACCCCCAUAUCUUUCUGCGAAAUCCCGCAUCGCCUUUAGCUACAUCCAAUAUAUGCUCUGUAGUUGCUCUUGGUGCGGAUGACAGAUCCAUCUCCAUCUGGCAGACAAAAUCGGCACGACCCCUCAUCGUUGCACGUGAAGUAUUUGAACGACAGAUAAUGGACCUAAGCUGGUCCUGGGACGGUCUGACUCUCUACGCCGCAUCUUCGGACGGAACGAUAGCCGUUUUCCAUUUUGACCCCGAAGAAUUGGAAGGCAUUGCGCCUCAUUCUGCUCAAGAGCAAUAUUUACACAAGUUUGGCUUUGUACCGCCACCAACUCCAGAAGGAUACUCGCACGGCACGUUCACUCACAGUACAACUGCUGCCUCAGUAUCGAGGAUUACGCCGCCACCCUCCCCAAACCGUGCCCAGUCACAAUCGCAAUCCGGCUUUGGCGCAGCGAAUGGGAUUAAUGGUGGCGAGCACAUCAACAAGCUUGUUGCAAAGAAGAGCAACAAGAAGAGAGUGCAACCCAUCCUUAUGUCGUCCGUGCCUUCUGCAUCGACAUCACGCUCAGCCCAAGCAUCAACUUCCACGUUGCCCCCUUCAGCAAAUGCCCUUGGAUCGCGUGCAUUCCAAGUACCGGAGAUCCCUCGAUCACGCCAAGUAUCACACUCUACAUCACCCGUGCCAAGCCCACGCACUUAUGACGCUGACAUCGAGAUGGGAGGGCCAAUGGAUAUGGAUGUUCCCAUCGAUGCACUUGAUACGAGUAUGUCAAGUGCGAACAAAGGCAAACGGAAAGCGUCGGUACUUGAUACGCCCGAGGACAAGCCGUCUAAGCCCCGUACCCUUGGUGGCGAUCGACCAAGGGAGACAGUUGCAGUGCGAGAAAUCAUAUCGGCGAGCUUGGUCUCGGCGCGCACUCAUCUAUUUGAGGGCGCAGAUCUACUGCCUGUCCCGCCACUAUUGACGUUCUUGAGUGCCAAUGUGGAGGGAAGUGACUUUAUCUUUGAGGCCCGAAAUUCAGAAGGAGAUGGGCCCACGGAAGUCACAUUCGCUGAUGGGAAGCAAACGAUGUGGUUGGACUAUCUGCCCUCUCCUGUGCUCGCAUUAACUGCGUCCACAACAUUUUGUGCUGCUGCUACACAAGAUGGCUCUGUCAACGUGUAUUCACACACUGGUCGAAGAUUGAUGGCGACUCUAAGCUUUGGCUCACCUUGCGCAAUGAUGCACGGCUGCAAGUCGGCUUUAAUGGUACUCACAGCUUCUGGUCAGCUCAGCUCGAUAAAUAUAAAGAACGCUACAUCAUUCUUCCCACCUACAUCCAUUGCUCCCCUACUCUCCUCUUCGCCGAAUUGCACGAUAUUGUCCGCCACCAUUCGACAUAACGGCGCACCAAUGAUUCACUGUUCUUCCGGCAUCGCGUAUACUUAUGAUGUACAGCUUUUCUCCUGGACAAAACUGAGCGAGCGCUGGUGGGCAGAGGGCUCAGAUGUAUGGCAAGGCCGUCAACGAGCCAACAAAGAUAAAGACGUUGUCGCCUCUAUUGAGGGCGCAAUCGGCACCACAAUUAUCCCGGUGCCUCACAAAGAGCGCCCCGUUUGGUGGAAUACGGCCCUCACACUAGGCCAUCUAGAGAGCAAGUUGCAUGCCGCCAAAGCGCUGGAUAGCGGCGCUGAAUAUAAGCAAGCACUUCUGAUUUAUGCCAGGAAACUGGCAGAUGAGGGCUUCAGGGCGAAGGCAGAGGAGCUUAUCAAGGAGCUUUUUGGCCCCAUAUUUUGGUAACUGCAUCAUAUGUCAAGAAUUUCAACAAUGAAUUGCUAACUGUUGAUUAGGCGACCUGGCGGAAGGGAUGACUCUUGGACACCUCUCGUGGCAGGUAUGCCCAAGCGCGAUCUUUUGCGCGAAGUGUUGUCGAUCUUUGCUCGGAGUAAGACGCUCACCAAGUUGGCCUUGGACUGGCAAGACACACUCAAGAAGGCGUCGAGCGAUGAUCAGCUAUGAUGAUACUUCUAGAUAGAAUCUUUCUGACUUUGGUUGUGAUUCCGCUUUGCCACUGUUUGUCACGCACAUCGGGACAACGAAGCUGGACGCUUCACUCGAGAACAAGCAGUAUUUACUU